AUGACCGCGGUUUGGCGCGUGUGUGACGGGCCUACCCGCACCGCUGGUGAUCGAUUCAGCCAUCCCUGGUCGAUCCCAAGGGUGGCGUAUGGUCUUUUUCUCCUGGAUAUUCCUGGUGUGAUGAGCUGGGGCCAAAACUGCUGGACCUGCUUCCGGCCUGGGCUGGAUAUCAAGGUGUGA